AUGUACUCCAUCGAAUUCAUGGUGCAACUGUUGCAAAUGGAGAGUACUGCCAAGGAACGAGGAAAUCUACCAGCUAUUUUAAAACCAAACAUAAAGGUAUUUGUCAGAAGCAAAAGAAUUAAGUGGGCAGAGCACAUUUGGAGAGGCAAUAGAGGCCUCAAAAAUAGAUAGAUGGAUACAUUAUCAUACAUUGAAAGCAAACCUGCAAAAAGUUACGCAAGUAACGGAGCUAGAAACUAGUAAAAAUAAGCAGAGGUUGCGGAAAAUUAUAGAAGCAGCGAAAGAUCUGGAAUGGUCUGUAAAAGCCGAAAAGAAGAAGAAAUUAAAAACAAAAUUCAUAAACACAUAUCAUAGUAAAACCAAUAUAUUUAUUGCUCUACAAGAAUCUGAAAGCAUAUAUCAGAGUAAAACCAAUACAUCUCACUUCCUUCAAAAUCUAAAUGAUAUUAAUGAUUGA